AUUUUUGUUAAAACAAAAUCUUUGUUAAAGUAAUUUAAGACUCGCAAGCAGUUGCAAUACAAUGCAGAGAGUUCCCAUCCACCCUUCCUCCAACUCUCCUCAUUGAUGGCAUCUCAUGUCACCACAAUCCUUCUAUUUUAGCCUUUCUGACUCUUUUUUGUCUUAGCCCCUGGCCUACUUGCAUCUCGCAAUUUGUGAAAUCCUCUCCUGUAACAGGGAAUUUGUAUACUAUCCAUACUUAUUGCGAUUGCUUAAGUUUCAGCUUCUUUCUGCUACCUAAUUUUGGUUUUAGUUUUCCACGAUUUUUUGUCCAGUUUGUUGUUGCAUUAUACCAAAGUUGUCUUUAUUUCAGAUUUUCUUUACUUCUCUUUCUUCCUUCUUCUCCCUGCUCCUCAACUCCUCCCUUGCUCCUUGCGUUUAUUGAUUUGGAAGUCAUAGUCCUAUUUCUCAUUUCUUAAGUAACGCUUACAUUUUUAACAUAUUUAAACUUGGGCAAGUAUACAUCUCUGACUCCCCACAAGGAAUCCCCCCAACACAAUAUUUUACCCCUGAAUGCACUUAUACUUUCCUCAUCCUCCUUCUAUAAUCUGUUCUUGGUUAAUAUGAUAUAGAAUUUUUAUUUCCAGCUUUUUAAACAUUUUUUUUUCUUGCAUUAUGUUUUCUGCAUUAUGUGUAAAAGCUCUCUUGAGUUUCACAGCUAUAUUUCCAGUUACUGUUUAGUCUUAAUUCUGUUUUGGAGGGGUUACUUUCUCUUCUUUUUAAAAUUCUGUCUAAUGUCUUCCUUUUUGAAUUCAUUUUCCUUGAUGUUUUUCAGAAAAGGUGCUGAGGUGGCACCAGCGUCUUUGUAUAUCUGAACGGGUCAUUAUUUUUCUUGCAUUGGAAUGAUGGGUGGGUUUGCAGUUGAGUUCUAGGUUCAGAAUCCUUUUUCUUGGGAUCUUGCAGUGGCCACACUCUUGUCUGCUGGCUUUUGAUCCUGUAGGUUAAAGUCUAAUAGUAGACCGACUCUUGCUUCUCUACAGGUUUUUUUUUUCCUUCUGUGGAAGCAUUUAAGGAUUUCUUCUUUGUUCUUGAAGUUGGGAAAUUUUGUCAGGACGUGUCUAGGUGUGGAUCUUGUGCUCAGUACUGGGAUCUUUUGCUCUGAAAAUUCCAACCCUUUUCCCUGUUCUCUGCUAUCGAGAGAUGAGUGACUAUUGGGUCAACGUUGGGCUUGCAGGGUAGGGAGACAGUGAGGUCCGGUUGCCUGGGAUGCCAAGUGCAGCUGGACAGAUGGUUAGCCUGCUCUGGAAUCCCUUUCCCCAUCGGAACAGGCAGGUGAGAACAGCUCUACCACAUAGUGCUGUGGGGAGAUGAAAUAGGACCCAGCUAACAAAACAUUUAGGACAGGGUCUUGCACAGAGGAAGUAGUCAAUAACAGGAACUGUUGUGUCGUAAUUCCUUACUGGUGUCAGAGAAGGAGGAAGGAGCGGGCUUUUGAGCCGGACUUUGAGGGAUGGACAAGAUAAGACCCGCUCUGAGCCUCAGUUUCCCCACUACAAAUGAUGGAGCUUGACAGGUUUUUAGGUAAUAAGUUCUCCCUUUUUAAAAUUUCACCAACAGGAGUGGCUUGAUAGGAGAUUAUUUCUCACUCCUCAAUCUUAAGGCUUCUUUCUCCUCCUGCCCGGCUCCUUUUCUUUUUCCCCAUUGUCUUUGGACUUUCUGGUUGGUGUGACUUUGUUGAAGGUAGGAAUUCAGGGGUUCAGACUUGCCUACCUGAACCUGUUUUGAUUUAAUAAAUGAAAAGUUAGAUGGCUCUGUGCUUGAUCUGUUUCUGGCAUGCCUUCUAGGGUUUUCCUCUGUAGCUGCUGUAUUGGGCUGCAGGCUUCCCAGUGUGUCCCCAGCUCGUGUAUUCAGUAGGUGCUCAGAAAAUGCUUAUGAAGCAGAAGAUGAGUGAAUGCAUCAUUUUUCCUACAUGGAGAAACGAUUGCAUCUCACUUCACUGGGCAGGUCUCCUUUGCAUUUGUUGUUUAAUAAAAGAUUUUAUUUGUAGUUGAAUGACAGUCCUUUCAGGAAAACGAGAAGAACUGGUUUAUAACCAUUGUGAAACUCCAUUUUAAUAGCAGCAAGACAGGGCCCUGGCAACUUCAAAAAGGGCAAUUAAGAAAUUCUUGUUUGCUCAACAGAAAGAGCCAUUUAGGUGGUUCCAUGGGUUCCAAGUCACCCCAAAGUCUAUGUAGUGUUCACCUCCUGAUGAGUUUUUUUUUAGCCUCUAAGGUAAUUGGUAAAAGUGUUAUUUUUUAAUAUUGAGAGGAGUAUUUGGGGUUGGUUUUUCCAAGUUGACAAACUGUUCUAGGUACAUCUGGAAACAUCACCUGGAAGAGAAGAAAUUCAGCUGGGGAGGAAGGGGUAGGGUGUGAUUUCCAACAUACCUUCUCUCCUUUCUCUGGUACUGGUGAGACAGACAGGGUGUCAUCCUUGCCCUCAAGUGGCCCAGAGUGGGCAUGGGAAUGAAUCAUCGCAGUGACGUGUGGGAAAUGGGAACUCUCCUCUCUAGCCAGAAGAGCUGGAAGGGUCGAGAGAGCUGUGACUGGGAGAAGAGAGUUGGAUGAGGAGGAGCCAGUCCACAGACCGGAGAAGGGCGUUCUGGGCGGUGGUUACAUGUGUGUGCAGAGGCUCAAAGCACAUGCCGUACACGUGGCAGCUACACAUCCCCAGUGUAUAGCUAGGCUGCAUCAGGGCAGGGCGCAGGCCCACGGGCAGUGGAGCUGGGGAACCCUAUAUCCCAUCUCGGGGGAGCAGGUGCCACCCAGCCACUGUUGAUUGUUGCCACGGCAGAACACGGGCCCAGCGUGGCCAGAUCUUCUGAUUUUCUUUUUUUUCUUUCAAAGAGAAGCUCUAAAUCUGGAGUUUUAUGUAAAAAUUCUGAAAUUUCAUAUCAUGACAACUAGUUGGAAAAAAAAAGUUAAAUAAGAUAAAACCCCCAAAACUCCACUGUAGGCCACUAGCUUGUGAAACCUGUUUAGGGGCUGGAGAGAAGCGAGGGUGAGAGGGACUCGCGCGGGCCCCCAGGUCUGGCCUCGACCGUGCCCUGUCCAGCCUCCCCUUGGCCAGUGUUGGGAAGGGGGGUGCAGGGCGUGGCCUUCAGGUUUGAGAUGGAGUGCAGAUGAUCAAAGGAGAACUUUGAUCUUCCUUGACCUUAUUUUAUUAUGAUGCAGAAAGUGGGGGUUAAAAGAGGUUUAGGUUUUUAGGGUUUCUCCUUUUAAUACCUUUUAUUCCCCCUUACUAAAUCUGGACAGGGAGUGUGAUGGAUGAUAGCUGAGGCUGGAUCACCUCUUGGAACCUUUAACCUCCCCUUCCCCUGCCUGUGCCUGGCCUCGCACAGUCUGAUCCCACGUAGAAUUUCUCCCCUUUCCACCCUCCUCUUCUGCUUUGUUGAGGACCGGGGAGAGGGCGGAUUAAUAUACUCUUGGCCUAAACUGGCCAUUGAUGUAGACUUUUCUGCCUCACUAGCUAGUGAAUGCUCUUUGUCCCGCUAGAGUAGGUAAAUAAAUCUUUUAUUUAAAAUUCUUUGUUCUUAGAUACAUAACACAAAGCUGUCCAAUAGAAAUGUCAUACAAGCCACAUGUUAGCUUUAAGUUUUCUGAUAGCCGCAUUGAAAAGGAAAAAGACACAGGUGAAAUUUUAAUAACUUAUUUAAUCUAACUCAUUAUCUCUAAAAUGUUAUCAAUUCAACAUGUAAUCAUAAUAAAAAUCCUUAUUAAGAUAUUAUACAUUUUUAAUUUUGUACGAAGCCUUUGAAAUCAGUGUGUAUUUUUUCUGUGGCAGCCCAUCCUCUUGAAAUGUGGAUAUUAGCCGCAUUUCAAAUGCUCAAUAGCCACAAGUGGUUAGUAGCAACUGUGUUAGCUGGUGUGGCUGUCACAGGUGCACAUGAAGAAGUGUGCAGAUAGGAGACAGUGUGCAGGCCACCCGUGAACCAGUUAAUGAAAAGGACGUGCUUGAUCAUGCUUCCCCCUGCUCGAGCCGCGGUCAGCUGUCCAUUCUCUCCCCGGCUCUGUCCCCUUCCCAGCCCCGUCUCACAUCUCCCCCUUCUGUCCUGCCAGGCUGGCCUUCUCUUCCUUCCUUAAACGUGCCCAGUGCCUCCUAGCCUCUGAGCACUCUCACAUGCUGUUCCCAUUGCCUGGAUUGUGCCCCCUCCCUCUUCUCCUCCCUUUGCUUGGUUUAUGCCAACCCAUUUUUCAGGUUAAAUAUCAGUUUCUCAGGGAGGCCCUUCCUCACCUCCCUGUCUCUGACUCCAGACUAGAUUACGUUUUCCUGUUCUAUGCUGUCAUGGGGGAAAAGAGAGGGGCCUGUUCCUUCUCAACACCGUGAUGGUUACCUAGUCAUCACUGAGACUGUCAUUUAGUGUCAUUUAGCAUUUCUCUACCACAUCAGAUUGUGCGCUGCAAGGAUGCACGGGCCUUGAUGGCGUCGUCCACUCGUUGUGUCCACAGUAGCUCUUACAGUGGCUGCAGAAAAUAGAUGGUCAGUAAACAUGAAAUGAAUGGUGCAGGGCUGAGGCUCAGUCUUGUGGAGUAACCCAGGCCCAUGGGACCCCCAGAGGACCUGGACCCCUGCCGGCGAGGCCAGGGCAUCAGCCCCUGUGGCCAUUGCUGGAUCUCCUGCUUUGUCGUUGGCAGAGUCAGCCUCUCUCUGUCCCUCUCUUGACUGGCUUUUGGUUGCCUGUAAAUUAUAUUUUUGGUGGCUGUUAAUAAAAAUAUAGGGCUGGGGGGAAAAAAAAGACUUCUCCUAAUAGAAUUUUAUUAAAUGGCACUAGUUUAAAAAUGUCUCGUAAAAAGUUAAUUAAUUUGGGAUUUGGGGAUGAAAGGCGUGAUAUAAAUGUCAGUUAUUAUUAUUACAAUUUCAACCUCACGCUUAUGCUCUUGAUCCAGCCCCUGAUCUGGAGUCUCUCCUACUCCCAGGGACUGGCGGCUCCGCUGAAAUGCUGGAGGCAAAUUUGAGCUUUGGGGAUCCGUCAGGGACAAAGAGGACCUAGCCAAGUUAGGCUGCCCUGCCGUUGCGUCUAGGAUAAUGCAAGGCCUUGCCCGAGAGCCAGCGCCACUGUCGGGCCGACAGCCUCCGGAGCAGGAUGGUCUUGGCGCACCGCCGAGCUCCCUGCUGAAGCAGCCGGGAACAUCAAGGUCACGGGGCCUAGCCCGGUCACAGAGACCUGGCAUGUUCCAGCUGCCGGGACUCCGAGAUUGUAGCCCACUCUCAUCCUACGGAGAGGGAAACUGAGUUUGGAGAGGGAUGGUGGCUUGCCUAACCCAAGGUCACAUAGCAAGUUAAUUAAAUUUACAGAGAAAAAGGCAGUGAAUGCAAUUAGUGAAGUGGGGGAAGCCUUCAAAAAAGAAAGGGGUCAGGCAAUUUAUUGGUGACAAGUCUAGAAACUGUUUUCCAAGGAAACGAGGAGUCCUGGGACUUCUUGUGAGUUCACAGAGACAGACAGCCCUUCGCUCCUUCAGGACGUCCCACCUUCCUUCCCCUGAUGGCAGACACUGUGCCUAGAGGGAGCUGUCGGCCUGACCCAGUGUGUAAUUACCAGCGCGAGGUGGGGGGCAGGCUGGGAUGUUAAUCAGCGUCUCAGCGAGGAGUGAGUGUCUGCACGCUUCAGUUUCCUCAUCUCUGAAAGGGUAUGAAAGUGCCCCCGCAAGGGUGCGGUGAGGGCCGGGCGGACAGGAGAGCGUGCGUUUAUGCGCCGUGAGUGGCAGCGGGCAAGCCGGGCACCUUGCGCUGAGACUCGGCUGCAAGGGAGCCCCGUGGUCGGUCGUUCCAGGGGUCCUUUCUGGGUGUCCGCUCCCCCUGCAGAACCCCUGACGGGUGCCCACCUCUUUUCAGUGUUGGGCUCACCCGUUCCUUCCCUGCGGCCCAGUCUGUUUUCAGUGGUUCCCGGGAAGCCGCCUCCUGGGGGCCGCCUAGCUCUGUGUUGUGGACUGCGUAGACGGCAUCUCCCUCUCCCCGUCUCAGCAGAGGUCUGUUGCUAUCUAGCGCCACCGUGGAAAUUGCCUACACACAGCACCUGCUUUGGAGGAGGGGCUUGGGGAAGGUUUGCAACAUGAAGCAAGGAUGCACGCUCCUGCCUUUUUGGCUCUCUUGACAAAGCGUCUGUCCUGGGGCCUUUUAGUGAAUACUGCUCCACUGGUCUAUUGGGAUUGUCCAGGGGAUUUUGGAAUCAGGCGGCUGGAUCUGAGCCUGGGCUCCUCCACUUGAGCAAGAUACCUAAUCUCAGUAAUCCUCAGCUUCCUCACCUGGACAGUUGAGCUGCAGGAUACCUGUUCCACAGCAUUACUGCAGGGAUGGAAAGGGGUAACGUACGUGAAGUCCUUAGAACACACAGUGAGGGUGGAAAUAACUAGAUAUACUCAGUACGUGAAACGACUCCCAAAGUCCAGCAGGCCUUGGCACACAGACCCCUUCUGGAACCUUCCAGUUCCCACAGCCAAGGCCACCAUGAGGUUAUUAAAUGACUGUUGAAUUGAACUGAAUUGAGAGUUCUGGCCUGGGUUUCAUGGAGCUCAGCGUUAGGCCCUCGGGAGGCCCCUGGCACCUGGCUGUCCCUGUGAGGUUGCGCUGUCCCUGCCGUGGAGGCUUCUGAGCACGUUCAAGUUCUCGGCCUUGUAGAAUGUGAACGCAGCCAGUAGUGGUCUCAACUAGAAAAACAAGUGCUGCAGCUCUAUUGUUACGUUUUACCAUAAAUAAAAUGUUUACUCUCUUCCCUUCCCCGUUGUCCCUCCAAGGAAACCACAGCUGCCUGAGACUUUGAAGUCCUCUUGGUGGAGGUAGAAGGCCUGGGGGGACGGGAGGGAGAGAGGAGGUCCAGGCCACCCCUCGGUGGGUCGCCAUCUUGUCCCUCUCGACAGAGAGCGCCAGCAUGGCAGCUUGUCACCCCCUCCCCCAGCUGGGCCGAUCGUGUGGAAGGAGCAGAGCGGCCUCCCCCGCCCUCAUCUUUAUUGGAUUUCAAUGAGUCUUUCUGCUCUGGGUCAUACAUGCAGGGGGACCUCAUAAACAGAGCCGUGGAAUUUUCUUUCCCUUUGUACUGAGGGCCCCAGGCGCACUCCACUGCCACUUUCCAACCCGGAUGGGGAAGGCGCAGGCAACCCCACAGCCUUGAUUUCUCCGAAGUGGCCCUGGGACUUGGGGUGUGACCGUUCUGUUCAUAGGCUCAGGCCAGUGGGAAGGUGGGUGGGGACAGAGCAGAGGCGGCCUCUCCCACCACCGCGGCACCGAGUGGCCGUCUUCGCCUGGAAGUCCAAAUCCCCACGCUUUUCUGUGGAAUGUGUCAGGGCCUUAAAGAGGAUUGCCGAGGCCCCGGGAAUCACAGCUUUGCAGUUGUCGGAUUGGAGGAGGGAUCAGAGGAGGCAUGUGGCUGUGGGUAUUAGAAGGUUCUAGAAAGAUUUGGGAGGUCCUCUCCAGCUGAAAUGUUUUCGAUCCAAACUUAGUUGAUUAAAAGGUCGCGUGUAAUUGCACCACACCCACCUGGUAAUUGCCAGUUAGGUGCCUGUCCUGUGCCAUCCAUCCACCCACAUGCCUUUGAGUGCCCACCGUGUGCCAGCCCCCCGUGCUGCGGGAGCGGAUGAGAGUCCCUGAUGCCAUCCUUGGUUACAGAAGGCGGUGCCUGUCACAACACAGCUGUGCCCUCCUGCAGAUGAGGCGUGUGCCCAGGGUCGGCUCUGUGGACGGCAUUAUCUCAGCACUUACUGGCUUCGUAAGGGAAGCUUCCUGCUUUUCUGCGUUUGGAACUGGGAGGUCUCUGUGACCUCCUUUUUCUCCCCAAGAGGGGGAACUGAAGGACAGUGGGUAAUUGAUCCAUCUCUGCCUGUUUUCUCAACCUCUCAGUGGCAGGAAUAGAGCUGGGGUGCAGGCCUCCCAGUCGCCUGUCCAGAUGUUGUAACUGGGUGAGAUGGGUUGAUGGAGGGGUGAGGCCACGUGAGUUGGCCAUGGUCACCCGUGAGAUUGCCUUGCUUUUGGCUUUUGCAUUGGAGCUUCUCUUCUCCCACUUGCAGGUAGCUGCUGGUUGUUACAAAUUGCUGCUUGCAUUUGGAAAAAUACACUUAGAGAAGGAGCAUGUCUAUUGCAGCCCUCCAUUGAGGGCUGGGUCUUCGCAGUGGAAGCCCUGUAACUUACAAAGUCACUGGCAGGGAUGGUCUCUGAUGUGACGAGAACAUUUCUGUACCCACCAUCUCUCCAGGCCCUUUCCCUUCCGUGGUCUGGAGACAGGAGUCAUUUGUACGGUCCCUCAGAGGCAUUUGGUUCUUCCUCGUGGCUGGUUCCUCCGCAUCUUCACCACAGGGUUGUGCGACUUGAAUGCCUCUGUUGUCGAGGUGCUCACUACCUCUCUCUCAGACUCUUUCCCUGGAGGAGGAUGUGCCUCUUCCUCCUGAGCUCAGAGCUGCCUCCCUUUGAUUUCUGUCCCCAGGGGCCAUGUGCUCACCACCCCCCAUAGCGAAGGGCAGGUCUCUGGUCCCACACGGCUCAGCUCUGUCAGCCGCCACCAUGCCGGCUCCGCCCGGGAAAUACUGCCCGUCGAUGUGUUAAGUGUGUCACUGCCAAUAAUAGUGCGAAGGCUCCAAAUCUGAGGGCCUUUCUAGGAUCGUUUCCUGAUUAAUUAGGUCACCAUCUCCAAAAUCAAUUUCCAGUGAAGUCGCGCCGCCUGGUCGCUCCGAUCCCCGCCCAGCGGGGCGAGGGAGUUGGCACGAGAGGCAAUUCCCCGGCCGCGGCGUGGUUCAGGCCUUGUCUCUACCUGGGAAGAAAGUCACAGUGCACAUCUCUGCUGUGAUUAUCCUGACUUUUUAUUUUAUCUGCCCCCCUCAAAUCUUCCAUUAAACCCCCAUAGAUCCUGCUUCAAACAGGCAAUUAGACUAACAACGUAAUUAUAUCCCUCGAUGCUAAUUGUAACUGGUUUAGGGGAAAAACAAAGAGAAAGAGGCUUCAAAAUCUCUGGAAACUAAGAGCAGCGGUUCUAAUUUCCAGGUAUUUCUCUUCCCUGCGUGUUUCUUUGAGAGCCCUGGUUGCCGGCUGGCUGGCGUCUCGUUGGCGUGGCUCACCUUUGGCUCAGACACCAUGAGGACAACCUCACUCCUGUCUCUCCUGAGUGUUCGCUGGUGGGCACCCCGUCCCGUCCCUGCCCUUCCUCGGAUCCUCCCUCUGCUCUGACUCUGUCUCAACUCCUUUCACCCUGUUAGAGGAGUCGCAGAUGCUGGGUGGGGGAAAUGGCAUUUCUUCCCGCUCUGGCUAGCACGUCGUCAUCCCCGGUCACCAUGGGUUGGAUGACCCAUGUGAUUCUCAGCUCAACCUGAUCCUAGGGUUUGAGCCCAGGGUUGUGUGACAAGGAUGCAGGAGGGAGACAUCUCCUCCCACCCUCCUGUUCUCAGUGUUUUCUAAAUCUCUUCCUGGGCUAGGCCUGCGCCCGGCGCACAAGCCUUGGUCCCUGUCGCUGGGCUGCCCGCGGCCUGGGGAAGGAGGCAGGCAGGUUGCUGAGCGGUGGGACCACUGGGAAGAGUGUGCAUCGGGGGACCCGCAGGGUGAGAUGGGAGGUGGAACGGGAGGGCGGGCAUGUCCGAGAGGUUUCCUGGUGGGAGACGCGGAAUAUGGGGAGGAGAGCUAGCCAGGCCGUGGGUGUGGGAGCGGGUCCAGGAGCCCCGGUGUGACUGGAGCGUCAGGUGUGAGGAUGGCCAUGGUGGGAGCUGAGGCUGGAGCAGCACAGGGGCCGGGUCGCAGAGGAGGAAGAGGAGGAGGAGUGUGGUUUUCACCUGGGUAGGAAAAGGGAGUCAGGGAAGUAAAGGUUUAAGCAAGGAGAUGACAGAGUCAGACUUAUGUCUCAAAAAAACCAAACAGGCUACAGGUGGAGGUAGUUGGAUGGGAGGGGGCUUGAAUGGCAGCUAGAAGUCUUGUUAGGAGGCUUCUGAAAAAGCCUAGGUGGUUUUUCAUGCCGUGAUGGGGCUGGACUAGCUGUGUGAUUUGGAGGUGGUUGCUUAACCUCUCUGAGCCUCCCUUUCCUCACCAGAUUAAAGUGAGGGCAUUCAUAUUUACCUUUCCAUGAUGUAGGGGGCAUAUCAGAAAUAAGGUCUAUAAAGGUUCUUGCUCAAUGUCUGUCAUGGAGUAGGCAUCAAAGCAGUAUUUCUGAAAAGGGAGCUUGUAUCAGGAUGGCUUGGGGCACUCUUCCUAAAACACACAUAGCCCUCUCCCGUCAACACUAGCAUUUCCAGGGGAGGGGAACUCAGGCAGUUCUAUGUUGAUGGGUCUCUUGGGUACAUGGUGGCUUUUCGGAUUUCUCGACAUCACCCAUCUUGGAGUCGUGUUCCAAACCGUGGCCUCAUGCCUCAGGGGAACAACUGUGUCUCUGUACCGUCUUCCUUUCCUCAGAAACAAGGCUUCCCAGUUGGAUGAUCGAAUGUGCUGACGUGUUUCCCUUUGGGCAGAUGUAACUCAGUCGCCACUUUGAAGCCUGGGGUGCAGACUUGGUCAUCUUCCAGGCAUCGAUGUGCUCGGAGCCCCACUGCCUUCUGUACCCGUCUUCAGGCUUUGGUGGCACCCAGACUGGGCCGUGACAGGGCCCGGUAGGUAUUCCAGCCCUGGGUUGGCCAUCAGUUAUGUGGACAGGGCGUUUCAUUAAAAUUUCCAUUAACUGUUUUUUUUUCUUUUUUUUAAGCCAGUGAACAAUUUAUAGAUUCAUUAACUUUUUACUACACGUGUGAAGCCAGGAAGAGGGGAAUAAAGGAAAUGAAAUAUUUGGUCCACAGCAUUUCACUAAAAGAUGGUGGCCCUUAAAUAUGGAGGACAAAAGCUGGAUCAUUAGGCCUGGUCUGAAGAAGUGUUUAGCAAGCACUGGAAUCUUCCAGAAGGAUCCAGAACUGGAAUAUCCUGGCAAGGAACACUGCCUCUUUCCCCACCCUUUCCCUGCACACCAGAGCUGGAAGCUGCCAAGUCGAGAUGGAGGUGUGAGCUCUGGCCUGAGGGUCGAGUCGGGAACUCCCUGCGUGAGCCUGGGCAUGUUGGGUGGGCUGGUCCACCCUCCAGCGGUGAAGCCGGGAGGCUGCAGCCCAGCCAGGUUCUGCGGCCCAGGUCCCCCAGCUGGACAAGGUGGCACCCUUCUCCUCGCUGCCCUGCACAAGGCUGACGGAGCCAGUGCAGCUGGAAGGAAAAGCACUGCAAGCAGGGAGCGCUUGAAGCGCAGCCAGAAGAGCACCAAGGUGGAGGGCCCAGAGCCGGUGCCGGCUGAGGCCUCGCUGAGUGCCGAGCAGGGGACGAUGACGGAGGUGAAGGUGAAGACGGAGCUGCCCGAUGACUACAUCCAGGAGGUGAUCUGGCAGGGCGAGGCCAAGGAGGAGAAGAAGGCGGUUGGCAAGGAUGGGGCCGGCGAGGUGCCUGCCGAGAUCUGCGUGGUGAUCGGUGGCGUCCGCAACCAGCAGACCCUCGAUGGAAAAGCGCCCGAAGGCAGCCCCCACGGUGGAUCUGUGCGAAGCCGGUAUUCAGGGACCUGGAUUUUUGACCAAGCAUUGAGAUAUGCAUCUGGGUCCUACGAGUGUGGCAUCUGUGGCAAGAAGUACAAGUAUUACAACUGCUUCCAGACCCACGUGCGGGCACACCGAGACACGGAAGCCACCUCGGGGGAGGGCGCCUCCCAAAGCAACAAUUUCAGGUACACGUGUGACAUCUGCGGGAAGAAGUACAAAUACUACAGCUGUUUCCAGGAGCACCGAGACCUGCACGCAGUGGAUGUGUUUAGCGUGGAGGGGGCCCCCGAGAAUCGCGCAGACCCCUUCGACCAAGGUGUCGUGGCCACUGACGAGGUGAAGGAGGAGCCCCCGGAACCGUUCCAGAAAAUCGGGCCAAUGAACAAUAUUACAUCAGACAUUUUUAAGAAGAAAGAAGUUAGGCAGUGCCAAAAGAGAGAAACUGGCAACUACACCUGUGAGUUCUGCGGGAAGCAGUACAAGUACUACACGCCCUACCAGGAGCACGUGGCCUUGCACGCCCCCAUCAGUACUGCCCCCGGGUGGGAGCCGCCGGACGACCCGGACACCGGCUCUGAGUGCUCACAUCCAGAGGUCUCCCCGUCUCCGCGCUUCGUGGCAGCGAAGACCCAGGCGAACCAGUCGGGGAAAAAAGCUCCGGCCUCCGUGGUCCGAUGCGCCACCCUCUUACACCGCACCCCUCCAGCCACCCAAACCCAGACGUUCCGCACUCCAAAUUCGGGAUCUCCAGCAAGCAAGGCAACUGCAGCAGAAAGCGCUUUCAGUCGCAGAGUAGAAGGCAAAGCACAAAACCACUUUGAGGAGACGAACAGCAGCUCGCAGAACUCCAGCGAAACUGCAAGUCCCCUGAUUUCCAACCCUUUCCCUCUCCUACAGAAACCCUACACCUGCGGCGCCUGCGGGAUCCAGUUCCAGUUCUACAACAACCUGUUGGAGCACAUGCAGUCCCAUGCAGCUGACAAUGAAAACAACAUCGCCUCCAACCAGUCCCGGUCGCCGCCCGCUGUUGUGGAGGAGAAGUGGAAACCGCAGGCCCAGAGGAACAGCGCCAAUAACACCACUACCAGUGGUUUAACGCCCAACAGCGUGAUCCCCGAGAAGGAGCGGCAGAACAUCGCAGAGCGGCUGCUGCGGGUCAUGUGCGCCGACCUGGGCGCGCUGAGCGUGGUCAGCGGGAAGGAGUUCCUGAAGUUGGCCCAGACCUUGGUGGACAGUGGCGCCCGCUACGGGGCCUUCUCGGUCACCGAGAUCCUGGGCAACUUCAACACGCUGGCGCUGAAGCACCUGCCGCGCAUGUACAACCAGGUGAAGGUAAAGGUGACCUGUGCCUUGGGCAGCAACGCCUGCCUGGGCAUUGGCGUCACCUGCCACUCGCAGAGCGUCGGCCCUGACUCCUGCUACAUCCUCACGGCCUACCAGGCCGAGGGCAACCACAUCAAGAGCUACGUGCUGGGCGUGAAGGGCGCGGACAUCCGGGACAGCGGCGACCUGGUGCACCACUGGGUGCAGAAUGUGCUGUCGGAGUUCGUGAUGUCGGAGAUCCGGACGGUGUACGUGACGGACUGCAGGGUGAGCGCGUCCGCCUUCUCCAAGGCCGGCAUGUGCCUUCGCUGCUCGGCCUGUGCCUUGAACUCGGUGGUGCAGAGCGUGCUGAGCAAGCGGACGCUGCAGGCCCGCAGCAUGCACGAGGUCAUCGAGCUGCUCAACGUGUGCGAGGACCUGGCGGGCUCCACGGGCCUCGCCAAGGAGACCUUCGGGUCGCUGGAGGAGACGUCGCCGCCCCCCUGCUGGAACUCGGUGACGGACUCGCUGCUGCUGGUGCACGAGCGCUACGAGCAGAUCUGCGAGUUCUACAGCCGGGCCAAGAAGAUGAACCUCAUCCAGAGCCUCAACAAGCACCUGCUGAGCAACCUGGCGGCCAUCCUGACGCCGGUGAAGCAGGCCGUCAUCGAGCUGAGCAACGAGAGCCAGCCCACCCUGCAGCUCGUGCUGCCCACCUACGUCAGGCUGGAGAAGCUGUUCACGGCCAAGGCCAACGACGCGGGCACCGUCAGCAAGCUGUGCCACCUCUUCCUGGAGGCGCUCAAGGAGAACUUCAAGGUGCACCCGGCCCACAAGGUGGCCAUGAUCUUGGACCCGCAGCAGAAGCUGCGGCCCGUGCCGCCCUACCAGCACGAGGAGAUCAUCGGCAAGGUGUGCGAGCUCAUCAACGAGGUGAAGGAGUCCUGGACCGAGGAGGCGGACUUCGAGCCCAGCGCCAAGAAGGCCCGCUCCGCCGCCGGCGACAACCCCGCAGCUCAGGAAGACGACCGGCUUGGGAAGAGCGAAGUGUACGAUUACCUGCAGGAGCCCCUCUUCCAGGCCACCCCCGAUCUCUUCCAGUACUGGUCGUGUGUCACCCAGAAGCACACAAAGCUCGCCAAGCUCGCCUUCUGGCUCCUGGCGGUCCCCGCCGUGGGGGCCCGAAGCGGGUGUGUAAAUAUGUGUGAACAAGCGCUUCUGAUCAAAAGGAGGCGGCUGCUCAGUCCCGAAGAUAUGAACAAACUCAUGUUUCUCAAAUCCAACAUGCUUUAAGUCUUCGGGGGGGAAAAAAAA